AUGUCGGCUUCCCCUUCCAAUCGUUGUGUCUCCCACCCCGUCUACAUUUCUGCUUGUUGGGAAGUCUCUGGCAUGAUCGCUAGCACCCUCAACGCAAACGUUGGCUAUCGCGUUGCCCAGACCGGUAUCAGCUGCGGCGGGAUCGAGGGUAACGACGCUCACAAACACCCUACACACCUUACGUCAUUCUCCGGAUCUGGCACCGCAGUCACCGUUGGCGAGAUGUACUUCGCCAAGGGCAAGUUCUUUGCACCUAACAACCCAACACCCUCCAAUUGUGUCCAUGAAUUCAGCCAUGUCGUGCACCUCGGCAACUCAGAGGCCUUUCCCGGUGCUUUGAUCAACAACACCGCUGUGUCCUCCAUCGGUAUCAUUCUCAGCAAACGGGUUAUCCAGGAGCCUGCGCACGACGGGAAGCCUACUACAAUCUGUAUCGUGCAACACACGGAUUAUAAUCCAGUGACCGGUACGAACAUUGAAUUCCAGAUGGAGUACUGGUGCCGGCCAGUACGCAACCUCGCUAAAGUCCAGAAUCUAUUUCAGCGAGGACGGGAAAUGACUAUCAUGGGUUAUGUUACCGGUAAAGAUGUAGCCCGCCACAUGUGGCAAGUCGAUGUCUACGCGAUCUCCGUAGCCACUGGUGCCGAGCUAAAACUGUCGCCAGAUUUGAGUACCCCCGUGGGAACAAAAUACUUCUCCUGA